UUCCCCACCAUCUAUUGUACCAUUCAACGCAACUCCUUCAUGGGUGUUUCAUCAGAAAAGUGGCCUGUUUAAAGGCUUUAAAAGAAAACCAGCAGCAUGGUGUGCGGUUUCUUGCAUUUUUAUUCAAGAUCGCAGCCGGACGGAAGUGAAAUCAAAACAGUGCCGACAAAGUAGAGCAACACGGAGAGAUUGCUCGGUUUUUGGUGAUACACAGCGGAAGAGGAAGUGGAAAUGUAACAAAUUGGGCCAAAGCGCUUUUUUUUUAAAAGUAGACAGCAUCCAUUCCAGGAUGCCGUUCUGCUAGACCCUGGAAAUAAAGCAGUUUUGUUGGAAACUUGAGUCAUAGUUCAGUAGGCGAGCGAAGCGCAUUAAGGGUUGCCACCGUGGCACACUUUGUGUCGCUCGUUUCACAUCGUCACGUCAUCAUCAUCGAUUGAAGGGUAGAACGUUCUGGAACACCAUGAGCGCCAGCGCCACUCCGAUCUUCAUCACCGUGCCGACGAAGUACAUCCCGAUUAAUGUAGCGUCGAUAGCUGGGGCGGCGGCCGUGACGCCAGUGAAACCGCUGGCCAAGCGGCCACCGCCCUCCAUCUCCACCGCACCCUCGUCAACCGCAUCCGAUGACGAGGGGUCGUCGAUGGACGAGUUCAUUGUGCGCAACAAGAAGCGCCGUCUCGACCACCUGACCUGGGAGGAGAAAGUUCAGCGCAAGAAGUUGAAGAACCGUGUUGCCGCGCAAACGUCGCGUGACCGCAAAAAGGCCAAAAUGGAGGACAUGGAGAAGACCAUCGAGGAACAGUCGGAGCAGAUCGGACAACUACAAAACCGUUGCGCCGAGCUAGACGCAGAAAAGUGUGCGAUCUACGACAAGUACCUUGGUCUGGAGCGGCGAUUCGAGGAACUGCAGGAGCGGCUCACGGCUUACGAAGAAGAGCAGAAGCGUAGACAGCGCGAGCAGGAGGAGGCGGCAAAGAAGCCGAGCAAGGACCGUGUACCACUCGUUGGUGCGGCGGGAGACGGUGGUGUGGGUUGCGUUACUACCGGGCGCCAAACAGGAUCAGCAGCAUCCUAUCGAUGCCCUCUGCAGCAGGGACAACCAAUGGACGUUCCGGCAGUAACGCAGACGACACCUCCGCCGACCACCGGAGACGAGCGGAUGACGGCCUUAUUGCGGAUCAUUACCCUCUGCCUACUCUACAGGACAUGCUCGAAGAUUUCGACGUGUUCCAGCUCGAAGAGCUUGCCGAAAGCCUACUCGCAGGUAUCGGCACAGACCUGGAAGACGCUGAUCGCGCAAGCGGCACGCCGGAUGCCGAAGAUGACCGCUCCGGCCAGUGGCUGUCUGGAUCAGUGGUGGGGUCCCCAGCAGCACUCGUGGAACCCGGUCGAUCGGAGUCACCAACCGCAAGCGAUUCGAGAAGCCGCCUAAUCCUGACCACGCACAACUACUCCAAAUCCCCGUUCUACGAGCUAUCUGCUGAAGAAUCCCAGCCAAUUUUGCAGCACCCGGAAGAACCAGACCUGAUCGUUGCCACCACCCAGCAGGACGAUGAUCAAACGAUC